CGCUCUCCUCCGGUGCACACUCUCGUGGUGACUCGAACCGGCAAAGUGCUCGCGUUCGUGAAAGUCCACAGACGACUUUCAGGGUCGUCUGCUCCGCUCGAAGCCGGCUUCGUCUCGCGAAAAGGAGCCACCGAAAGGGAUAUCCGAAGUACUGUUGUCCGAAAGAGCCUCGAGAGGAGAAGCCGCUCGCAGAGAUCCUCUCUCUCGUCGAUUCACUCUGAACGCGAAUCGAUGAGAUCGAGCCGCGACGCGCGUCCACCUUUCUGUCGGUCCUGUCGGUCGUUUUCGAGCUGGAACGUCGAAACGCGUCGUCGAGUUCCUUGACACCGGCCAAUGUCGCUUGAAUCCAGUCCGCUCGAGACAGCUUCGAUACUGUGACUUCCGUCGGGUGAUUGCGUGCGUGACAAACUGCGAUCGAGAGCCGAAAAGUGACCACGGUGAGAGAGUGUGCACGGACGCAAAAUGUCUCGUCUUCGCGGCACGUCGACCAACGACUCGUACCACAAGGACCAGGAGGAGCAGCGCGCGAAGUCCUGCAAGAACGGCUCGAAUCGUUAUCACUUUGGCAUGCAGCGGGACGAGGAGAGGAACGCCCGCAACCACGAGGACCCAGACUUGCUGUACAAAAAGAGCAAGCAACACUUCGGUGCCUGGGACAUCAAGGACAUCGUCCAGGACGAGAGCCACAGGAGGAAGCCGAACGACAGACUCGAGGAUCCUCGAUUAACGAACGGCCGUUCGAGGAACGACUUGGCCAGGCAGGAUCGUUACGAGGACGAAGUCGCGUCGCGAGACGAUCGUGCCAGAACUGGAUCCAUCGAUCGUGAUCAGACUGGAUCGUACAGAUCGAGGAAGAAGGACGGUUGGGAUAAUUCUCGAUCGAGAAACGACUGCAACGACGAGUCCCAGAGGAACGACGAGAGAGAUUUGCUGUUGAAGGAGAUCGAGAGUUUAGCGGUGGACGGAAGAUCGCCGGAUCGAAGGAUCAGGGCGAUGAUCGAGCGAUUCAAGUGUCGCGAGGAGGACAAAUUGAAGGCUAGAAUGGAUCACGAUGCACACAGUCCAGACAGGGAGGACUAUCGAUCGAAAAGCGGCCUAGAGGAUCGUAACAAAAUCAGGAUCCAGAAGGACGACCGGGAGGAGGAUCGAAGGACUAGACCCAGGACUCGAGAACCCGAGAAGUUCGAUCACGAGGAGAACAGAGGUCGGUCCAUCGAUCGGAGGGCGGACAAAUUCAACGAGAACCAUCAGAGACGGUCCAAGGAUGCGGAGGAGGAUCAUCCUCGAGCCAGAAGGAGCUACGCUUACGAAGGAAACCCUGAAGACUUCGACGUGCGAAUACAGCGAUACGAGAGAGCGAACGUGGAGCCUAAAAGAGUGUCAUUAAAGGACUCGGAGGUGGAUCGAAAGGAGUCGUUCAAGGAUCACGAUCGACAGGUGACCAGGAAAAGCUCCUUCAAGUCCGACCUGAAAAAGAGUCACUCCAGAGACAGAGAGUCUGGUAGAAAAACAUCCUUUAAAGAACAAGAAAACGACGUAUACAGAAAGAACUCCUUCAAAAGCCCGGACAACGAGAAGAAGUUUUUCGACAAAAAUCCCGAACACGUGUCCAGGAAGAGUUCGUUCAAGGACCAGGUCCAGGAACCUGCAAGAAAGAAUUCCUUGAAGGACUCCGAUUAUGGCAGGAUCUCGAAAAGCCGAACCGACGAGGACGACAGAAAACGCUCGUUCAAAUCUGACGGAGUUAGUAGGAUCACCUUCAAGGAACAGGACGCUGAGUCGGCCAGAUUCCAGCCGUGCAAGGAGCAGGAUGGUUUCAAGGAUCGUUCAGGCGAGUUGGCUCGCAAGAACUCGUUGAAAGAGAAAACGGUGGAGUUUGCCGGGAUCUCUUACAAGGAUCACGACGACGAGUCGAGCAAGGUGUCCCUCCGAAGGCACUCGCCCAACGGCCGAUACGUCGAGUUCGGCACGGUGUCUUAUCAGGACGAGGAGGAGGAUCCUGCGAACGAUCGAGAUUGCGAUCUGGAGAGGAGCUACAAAGACCCGUCGAAAAAACGAUCGUCCUCCAGGAACAAGAGCCACGAGAUGGAGAAAAGGACGGGCAGACAUUGCAGACCUCUUACACCGCCCAAACGAGACGACUCGAAGGAUCGAGAGGACUUUAACUCGAAAUGCUGGCACGAGAGCAAUCGCAUCUUCGCGACCAAGUACCUUCGGGAGAACAGCAAGUAUCGCGCGAAUCCUGAUGGUCGCUCGGAGAUCGAACGAGACCCUUCGCCGGAAAUGUACGAGGAGGACGCUCAGAGGCGGGAACAACGCUGCACGAAAAUGGAGGCGUAUAAUUUCGGCGACGAUCGUCCACGAGACGUGGAUACCAGAAACGGAGCGACCAUCAUCAGAAUCAGAUCGAGUCCCGAAACGACCAUCGAGAGGAGACGUAGACGUCGUCCUGUGCAGGAUGCGUACGGCGGUCGACGAAGACGCUACGAAGUGGAGGACGAGGACACCGACGAAGAGGAGGAGGAUAGACAGAGAUCUAGAGCCGAUGAGUUGACCAGAGGGGUCUCUACACCCUCGAGAAGGGUCUGGAAUUAUCGUGAAGGGGGUGUUCUGAUCACGGACGUCGAAGAGGGGCAACCUUGUUUGCAAUGUGGGGAGACGUGUUCAGGAUUUUCGCCACACACGUGGAG